AUGGAAGAUUUUGGCCCAAUUCCUGAAUCUUUACUUGAUUUCCCACCUGCUGCGAAUACUACUCCCCAUUUCCGCAUAAAUCAUGAAGGCCGGAGGUGGGUACGGCAGAUGCUCAGGCUGCUCAACCAGCAGUCUCACUUCCAUGACCGUCCGUAUACAUGGGGCUUCGCCAUCUUCCGUACUAUUUACACGCCUGAUUCAGAUGAGAGGUUUGCCAGAGCCGUCGAGGAGCUCAACAAACUCGCACGCGAGUACGUCUUUGAUAACCUAUCAGGACCCCAUGAGCCUGGCCAAGAGCCUUUUGAUCCUCGCCCCAAUGAGGAACUAGCUCGACGAUUCUAUUGCGACAUCAUACAAGAUUCUACUACAUUAGAUGGAGCAACCCCUAAUGAAGUAGGUAGACGGUUUGACGCCUGGGUCACUGAGCAUCUGCAGCCACACGGUCGCCGUGGCAUCAAAAUGGGCCGCUUUUGCGUCUAUCUCAUGUUCGACCAGCAGGGCAUAGACCACUUCCUUCAGGUAGACAGAGCCAAUAAGAACUUUAACCGCGCUCAGUAUGAUCUCUAUGUCAAGGUCGUGACUGAGCACUCGUAUGAGAAUGAAGAAGGGGAAGACAGGUUCUGGAUGCGGCUUGGUAUUCGAGGGCCGCUGUUGCCAUUUGCCUGA